AUGUACAUUUUCAAAGAAGCACAGACAGGGGCAGAGACAGAAGCAGAAGCAGAGACACGGGCAGGGAGGUCAGAGGCAGAAGCAGAGACAGGUGCAGAAGCAGAAGCAGCAACAGAGUUAGAGGCAGAAGAAGAAGCACAGACAGGGGCAGAGGCAGAAGCAGAGACAGGUGCAGAGGCAGAGGCAGGGGAAGAGGCAGAAGCAGAGACACGGGCAGAGACAGUAGCUACGAAUUUCCAAAAGAUCCGUGUUGCAGCUAAUAUAGGACAAUCAAAGGCAGCAGCACGGAUGACAAGACGCGGCAAAAACCUGCUUAAGCCAUUGUCCAUUGGUCAGUGUGCUACGCUGAGGGUUCCAGAUGUCGAUCGUGGUCCAACAGAUCCAAAAAAUCUGUUAGUAGUCAUCCUUAAGGAAGAAGAAGGACUAUACACUGUAGGUUGUCGGGAGGGAAUUAUUAGAACAAAAUUUACACCAGCUGACCUAAGUGGGAUCAAACAGACCCUUAUAAAGUCUGAAGAGGUUCCUGAUAUCUGCCUAUCGAUGAGAACAGCAACAGCAAGAGCCACUGGUGGGCAAGGUUAUACAAAGUGUCAAUGUACUACUCAAUGUACAUCAGGAAGGUGCAGCUGCCUAAGAAAAGAAAUUAAAUGCAACUCGCGCUGUCACCCAGGCAGAUCAUGCAAAAAUUUGUGAUUGGACUCAACUGAACCCUGAGAUCGAUUGACCUAUUUUACUUAUACUAAUAUUGCAUUAAUUAAUUAUGUUUUCCUUAUUCACAUUGGGCAAAAUUGAGCUGCAUAAUUUGAACAAUAGGCAUUUUUUGCCUAAUGUUAACAAUUUGUAAACUU